AUGUGGCUCAUUAACGUCGACAAUCUUCAGCUGGAAGAGCACCUGAAUCCCACCGUCCCUUACGCUAUUCUCUCUCACACCUGGGGCACGGAGGAAGUUUCCUUCCAGGACUUCAGGAACCUCACCGACGCCGUGAGGGGGAAAGCUGGAUUUCCAAAGAUUGCCGCAACAUGCCGCCUCGCCAAGUCGCGGGGCCUUCCUUAUGCCUGGGUUGAUACUUGCUGCAUCGACAAGUCGUCGAGUGCUGAACUCUCUGAGGCCAUCAACUCAAUGUUCCGGUGGUAUCAGUCGUCAAAAGAGCUAGUGGCGCCAAAGAACAUCGUUUUCUACAAUGUCGUCUGGGAGCAACUUGGGUAUAAAGAAACACUAGCUAUGAUGCUCACCUCCAUCACGGGCAUUGACAGCAAUAUCCUGUUCAAUAAGGUGUCACCGAAGAAAAUACCGGUCGCCACUCGCAUGUCGUGGGCUUCUAAACGGCAAACUACUCGACUCGAGGAUGCAGCAUACUGCCUGCUCGGGCUGUUCGAUAUCAACAUGCCUCUGCUCUACGGGGAAGGACAAAGGGCUUUCGCACGCCUACAGUCGGAAAUUCUGCAAGAGACGAACGACCUGUCUCUGCUGGCCUGGACGUCAGAGACAACGGAUCCUGGACGGCAGCGGUCAUACGAUGGCGUAUUCGCCGAAUCACCAGCCCAAUUCGCUGCCUGCUUGUAUCGGACGAUAGUAAAUACGCCGCCGCUCAUCGACGAUGUCGAUGUUGUUGUGACGAGGGCCAACUUGAUGGUCUCCACUACUCUGCACAUGCAAGAGUUGGUUGAGGAUGGGGCUGAAGCCUCAAAAGGGAGAGAGUAUGUGUUGUUACUGCAGUGCAGCGAUGUACAAGGAAUACCGGCAGUUCGAAGACCGAUUGGCAUCUACGUAUCCAAGACCCCGUCAGGUUUCAUCCGCCACAAGCCCUGGAUGCUCGCCAUGCCUUUCUUCAACGAGGCCGUGCUGUUCGACAGCAAGCCUCGACUGCUAAAAUUGCUUAGACACAUCAGUUUUGAGGAUCACAUCGGGCAUCAAGACGAGAGGUUCCGCUCUGCUGUCUUCAUUCGAUUGAAUCAGGACCAGAGCUCACUCAAAUGGCUACACCACACCGAGAUUUCCAAGGCUACUCCUGAUGCCCUUUGGGACGGCAUGGACAGCGUGUUCCUUCACCAUGAGAGAUUCGACCAAAUCUCCCUAACCCCCCAAUUGCUGCAAAUCUCGUUGCUGGGAGACAACGAGCUACAGGUCGGGAAGCUGUUUCUCGUGUCUAUCAUGUCAAACCGUGUGCCCUCGGAACGAUGGGCAAUAUUGCUUAGCAACUAUGAGGAUCCCAUAGGUGUUCCACUUCUGAGGAAUCUCGGCAACUGGGAUACCGCGUCUUUGUUUGGGGGUCGCAUCUACUUUCUCGUUCGGCCUAUGAUGGAACGUCGGGAAUAUUGGCCGGAUCAACGCCCUGCCGUUCAAUUGGCCAUCCAGCGUGAGCCCGCAGAGGGUGUCGCAUCGCCAAACUGUCCAGCCUCUCGGAUACUUCAGCUGUCUGAACAUCGGCGGGUCCUCACAACCUUGAGCGUUAUCCCCAGUGACGCGGGAAGGUACGCCUGGACUAUCCAGAUUUCUGUAAAAGAUGUCGACUCUUCAUUGGACGCUGGAUUUGCUGUCGGAUCUGCUGGUGAGCCAGCCGGACGCCUCGUUGGUGUUGUAACCUUUGCGUCGCCUACCCCCGCUUAA